AUGGCUCAGCGUUACCCGGAACUCUCGGCAGACCUCUUCGUGUACAUGGACUCUAUUAAUAGUGCGUUUAAGGCGCACGGCGCCACCGCAUGGUGGCGGUAUGAUGAAGAGUUCCGCCGAAGGUUAGCUUUACAACCAGAUAUAGGAAUUCAGGUACCUAUUGCCGGGGGCAAUCCAGGAAGGAAUCCCAUGCCCGCCGAUGCUUUGGGAUUUGCCGAUCAACGACUGAUGAGUAUGGUACAAGCGUCAGCGACACCAGAAACGUGGUCAGCACAUGGGGAAUUGGUUUCUCCUUCCCUCGCUCGCGCAGGAGGCUUAGGAGCUAGUGACUCGGCCCUACGGGUCUUCAUUAGGCGCUCUAAAACAGAUGCUUUUGCGCGAGGGGCCUGGCUUCCAUUGCAUAAGAUUGGCGGCCCAGCUUGUCCCCAUGCUGCUGUAGCCCAGUUCGUGUCUACUCGACCGAUGCGGUCCAGCUUACAGUAUGUUUCAUCGGUCAUUCGUACAUCUUUUGGGCGGGACAGAGAGCAGAAAGCCGUCCGGGCGGUCGAUGCCUCGGUUUUCGAAAUAUUCAAGCACGCUGGCGGGGUGUCCGGGGCUUACGCUGGUCACAGGUUCUCCCGGAAGCUGUGGAAUAUGCCGUCCUGUGAUGCCCUACAUUACUUUUACCAAAGCCUAACAAGGACCAAAAAAAUAAACAUAGAUGGCACACAGGGAUCCAGCCUGUGCCGAUGCCUGACAUCAGUGGACCUGGUGGCACUGGGAGUAGGAAGCACCUUAGGGGCUGGUGUUUAUGUCCUAGCAGGAGAGGUGGCAAAGGUGGAUUCUGGUCCAAGCAUCAUCUUAUCCUUCUUGAUUGCGGCUCUGGCAUCAGUGCUUGCUGGACUGUGCUAUGCCGAGUUUGGUGCUCGGGUACCACUUACUGGGUCUGCUUACUUAUACAGCUAUGUAACAGUUGGAGAGCUCUUGGCUUUUAUCACUGGAUGGAAUCUGAUACUUUCAUAUGUCAUAGGCACUUCCAGUGUUGCUCGGGCUUGGAGCGCUACAUUUGAUGAGCUUGUUGGAAAGGAAAUCGGAAAGUUUUUCAGCAGCACAAUGCCUAUGGAUGUGCCAGGGUUGGCAGAAUACCCUGAUAUCUUCGCUGUCUGUCUUAUACUCAUCCUUGCAGGGCUUCUUUCAUUUGGUGUGAAGGAGUCAACCACAGUGAAUAAAGUCUUCACAACCGUCAACAUGAUUGUCUUGGCAUUUGUUAUAGUGAGUGGAUGUGUUAAGGGUGACCUGAGGAACUGGGAGAUUACAGAGCAAGAACUUAAUGUAGCCAUUCAGACCAUGAGUAACCAUUCUGCAGGUGGCAACAUAACUGGCACAUAUGGAGUUGGUGGAUUCAUGCCAUUCGGUUUUAGUGGCACGUUGGCUGGAGCAGCUACUUGUUUCUAUGCCUUUGUUGGGUUUGACUGCAUUGCUACCACAGGAGAGGAGGUGAAAAACCCACAGAGAGCAAUACCUCUUGGAAUAGUGGUAUCCCUGUCCAUUUGCUUCUUGGCAUAUUUUGGAGUCUCUGCUUCUCUUACCCUCAUGAUGCCAUACUAUCUCCUGGAUUCUCGGAGUCCCCUGCCAGCUGCUUUUGAAUACGUUGGGUGGAGUGUAGCCAAAUACAUUGUAGCCGUUGGUUCUUUGUGUGCAUUGACCACAAGCCUUUUAGGGUCUAUUUUCCCAAUGCCUCGGAUUCUCUUUGCCAUGGCUAGAGAUGGACUACUUUUUCAACCAUUGUCCCGUUUGAGAAGCCGACAGAGUCCAAUGAUUGCCACAAUGACAUCUGGAGUAGUGGCUGCUCUGAUGGCGUUCCUGUUUGAUCUAAAAGCCCUGGUAGAUAUGAUGUCUAUUGGAACCUUGCUUGCCUACACCUUGGUGUCUUCUUGUGUCCUGUUACUGAGGUACCAAUUACAAAUUGAAAUUAGCCCGACGACCAAUGGAAACCAUCAACAACCUACCAUGAACAGAUCUACAGCUGUCAGGCUGGCACAUUCUUCCAUACUUGUGACACGGAGCGUACUAGCAUUAACCAUUCUGAGCUGCAUAGUGAGUGGGGUAUCUACAGUUGGAUCACAGUACUUUCUGUUCAGUGCAAUUUGGUAUAUUAUUCUGCUCGCUCUGGCUCUCUUUGGAAUAGCAGCACUCACCAUCUUCAUUUGGAGACAGCCACAAAAUCAGAGUAAAGCAGCCUUCAUGGUUCCAUGUCUGCCAUUCCUACCGAUACUUAGCAUCUUUGUAAAUAUAUACCUGAUGGUCCAACUAAGUACUGACACUUGGCUUCGGUAUACUGUCUGGAUGGUACUUGGUUUCGUUAUAUACUUUGGCUAUGGAAUCCACCACAGUGUUGAGAGAUUAAACAUGCCAGUUACCAUCAGAUGA